AAAACAAUCACUGGUACAAUUGGUUAUAAUAAUAAUUUUUUUCAAUAAACCAAUCGCGUUCUCGUGAUAAAAGUGAGUCAUUACAAGUAUUCAUCCGACCUGUUACUUUUUAGUCACGCUGUUUCGUUCAUAGGACGCUAACUAAGACCAGGACUGUGUAUGAAUAUCGAGAAUUGAAGGUAAAGAAAUGUCAUAGUUUACACUGACUGAUUCGCAAUUAUUGGAUAUUGAACAAUUAGGUCAGUCUGCAGUGUCUUUGCUCGCGCGGUUUCGUUACUCGUCACGUUGUUUCAGGGAUGAAUGAACAAUUGGUGUUUCGGGGCACUCUGUCUGGACACCGUGGGUGGGUCACACAGAUAGCGACGAAUGCUACCCAACCUGAUCUUCUUGUUUCAGCUUCUCGAGGUAUAUUUAACUACUGACAUAGAUAUUUCAGAUAAAUCUCUAAUUGUUUGGGACUUAAGGCGAGAAUCUGGUGAAUAUGGAGUACCUGUGAGGUCCUUACAUGGACAUAAUCAUUUUGUCAGUGACGUGGUUAUGUCAUCUGAUGGGUUAUAUGCUCUAUCAGGGUCAUGGGACAACACCUUAAGAUUGUAUGAUCUGGAAACUGGAAAAACAACUCGUCGGUUCUGUGGACACGAAAAAAGCGUUCUGAGUGUUGCUUUUAGUGCAGACAACAGACAGAUAGUCAGUGGGUCACGAGACAAAACUGCAAGGUUGUGGAAUACUUUGGGUCACUGUAAGUAUGUAUUCACCGAUGGUGGGCAUACCGACUGGAUUUCAUGCGUCCGAUUUUCCCCAAACACGGAUCACCCUAUUGUUGUUACAUGUGGAUGGGACAAGCAAGUGAAAGUCUGGGGGUUAAGCGACUGCAGUUUACGCACAACACAUUACGGACAUACUGGUUAUCUCAACACAGUGACAGUUUCACCAGAUGGUUCUCUUUGUGCAAGCGGAGGAAAAGACGGACAAGCAAUGCUAUGGGACUUAGCGUUGAACAAGUUCCUGUACACCCUGCCUAGCGGAGGAAUAAUCAAUGCAUUAUGUUUCUCUCCUAAUCGUUAUUGGCUUUGUGCUGCAGUUGGAUCCAGCAUCAAGAUAUGGGAUCUAGAAAAUAAAGUCUUAGCUGAUGAUCUGCGCCUUGAAUUGAUAUCAGGAAACUCACCUGCUAAACGAUCAACAUCUUCCUGCACAUGUCUUGCGUGGUCUGCUGAUGGUCAAACUUUAUUUGCUGGAUACUCAGAUAAUCUCAUUCGUGUUUGGCAAAUGGCUUAGUAACAAUAAUAUGUAUGAUGUACUGAUGGGAUCAAAGACUUUUUAUUUCAAGUGAGGUUGUAUGUGUUCACGGAAGAAGGCUUACUGAUAACCCCGGCACUGUUUACGUAGUACAAUAAGGUUUUUUAAGCCAUGGUAUCUAUUCCUCGAUGCAUAGACCUCCCAUUACAUUUAGUCUAUAUGCGGAGAAAGUUCAUUUAUUUGUUCGAAACUCAGUAGAUCAAGUUAGCUGAGGAAAUAAAGGAUUAUACUAAAAUUCAGUGGCAUCACGUGAGCAACCAUUACAGUUAUUAACUGGUUUCUAAACAAUUACCAUAUGACGUACUUAAUAGAUCCUGUUGCCAUAAUCUUCGCUGUUAUUAACUCUACAUUAAGCCAGCCACAGUUGACGCUGCCCGUUAGCGAAGCUUAACUAUUUAUCACAAUUUACGUUCGUUAUUAGUUUACGACUAAAUAUUUUUCCAGUCUAUUGAACUUUGACCACUAUCAAUAUAUUGAUGAGUAGUGUGGAGUCUGAUACUAGUUGGUCAUUGUUUUAGAAACGUAACUUCACCUAAGAAAGCAGUUGAAAUUAUGCUCCUUAAGUCCCUAGCGUCCGGCUGUAAAUCAAAUUUAUUUAGAAAUGUCACUUUAUGGCGAUAAUGUUCCGUGAUCGAGUGAUGUGCAGUUGAGUGGAUACAAAAUCGAUUCGAAAGUCAUGUAAGCAAAACAUUUCGAAUUGUAAUGUUAGUAAACCGUUUAGAAAGGAUUAGCCAUGCAACUGUUCGGUCGCAUCGAAACAGUUUAUUCUAUAAUGGCUUGGGAAGAUAUUGUUCACUGAUUGGGGGAGUUCGGGUGUAUAUCUUCGUGGGCUUGGAGAAUGAUGAGCGACGACAACUCAAAUGUAUGA